AUCCAGACUGUUUCCCUGAAGCUCUUUUCACUGUAGAGUUAUGCCCCAAAGUGAAGAGGAAAAAACAAUGAGGAUGAGAUAAUAAUGGCUUGAAUGGAUAUCUGUGCCAUGGGCACGAAGCUGAAGGAUACGGAGCAGACAAAAGGGAUCAAUGAUCCUGGAUCCCAACAGGAUGAUGCGAGCAUUGCAGAUGUGUCUGUGGAGGUGGCCACUGUGGAUCACACUCUCAGGAAGCUGCGCAGGAUGUACAGGAAGACCAGGCGGAGGCCGAAGGGGCUCAAGCGGCUGUUGGCCUACCUGCUGAAUGUGCCGCACAUCACCAUCAUCAUCUCAGCAGUGAUGUUCGUGGUGGUGGUCAUCAUAUGGUCACUGCUCUGGGUCUUUGUUUUCCGCAGAGAAAGCUACAGCGGAGCGUAUUUUGCCGGGAUGUUCCGUGUUGCCAAUGUGGAGUUCAUCCCUGAGUACCGCCAGGCAGAGUCUCAUGAGUUUGUAUCCAUGGCAACAAAAAUUCAACAUGUGGUGAGCAGUGUGUACAGGACAUCCUCAGUGGCCAGACUCUACAAGCAAGCUGUCAUUUCAGACCUCAGUAGCAACAAUAAGGGGGGAGUGUUGGUGCAUUUCUGGAUGGUGUUCAUAGUCCCCCAGCUGAAAACCACAGCGAUAUGUGAGGAGUGCAUAGAGGCCAUUCUCAGAGACUCCAUCCACACUAGCCUGAAGAACAGGUCGUCUGUGGGCUACCUGCAGGGACUUCCAGUGGAUAUGGACUCCAUCCUCAUCAAUGGUGUUCAGCGUUCAGAUUACUCAUCAAACACAGCAGACUCCCUGUGUGUAGAUAAGCUGUAUGCCAACCUACCUGGGACCAGUGUCCCUUUAAAUGUCUACUCAUCGUGGGGGGGUGUGAACUGCCAUGUGAAGCUCACGUCAGUGCCUGGCUCUCUGAUCCGUCUGACCGUGACCUCGUUUCUUAUUGAACCCACUGACUGUGUGUUCGACGCCCUGACUGUGUACGAUGCUCUGCUGCCCAUGAGGGGGCGCAUUCUGCACAGGCUGUGUGAACCGGUGUCCAGUUCCUUCUCCAUCGUCUCUACCUCUAACGUCAUGCUGCUGUCGUUCAGGAUGACCAGUGGUAACAAGAGCUUUAAAGGACACUUUGAAGCCAUUGCUGAGGAGAUUUGUUUGUCUCACAUUGAGACCAAAUUAGAACCUGACAUCAGUGGUGAAAUCUACAGUCCCUUCUACCCGAGCCUGCUGCCCCCCCAGUGUUCCUGUAGCUGGAAGUUUAAGACCCCAAACUCCAAUUUAGGCAUUGCAUUGCAUUUCCAGAACUAUGUUUUGAAACAGAAGGACAUGAAAAGCUGUGAUAGUGGCUGGUGGAGGGUCAACGAAGUCAUCUUCUGUGGCAUGUACGUAGGACACCACACAGUGUUUCGCAUCCCCGACCCCAGUCCAGAGAUGGAGUUUCGCUGCAGCUCCCGUAACUCUGCUCAGCCCUUUAAGGCUUCUUACCUCAGCUAUAACAUCAGCCAGCCUUGUCCAGAGGACCAGUUCUUGUGUAACACAGGGCUCUGUGUGGAGAAGAGUCGACUUUGUGACGGCCUGGAUGACUGCCAGGAUGAGAGUGAUGAGGUUUUCUGCACAAAUCCCAAAGCAACCUGCAGCCCUAAUAGCCCUCCACACCCUUUGUUUGUGUGUAAUGGGGAACUGGAUUGCAAAGAUGGAGUAGAUGAGAUCAACUGCACUCAAGAAACCAGCUGCUCUGCGAUCAGGUACAAGUGCAGGAGUGGAUCCUGCAUCCUGAAGAAAAAUGCAAAGUGUGACUAUGUGCCUGACUGUCGGGACAAAAGCGAUGAGGAGGACUGUGCCUGCGGCUAUCCCUUCAAUAAAAAGGUGAGCUCACAGAUGGCCCUUGAUCGCAUCGUGGGCGGAGUUAACUCGGUGGAGGGGGAGUGGCCUUGGCAGGUCAGCCUUCACUUCGCUGGUAGUUUGUACUGUGGCGCCUCUGUCCUCUCCUCUGACUGGCUUAUCUCAGCUGCCCACUGCUUCAGUAAAGAAAGGCUCUCUGACCCUCGUUACUGGAGAGCCCACCUCGGCAUGCUGACACAGGGCAGUGCCAAACAUGUUGCGGAGAUCCAGAGGAUCGUGAUGCAUGAGUACUAUAAUGCAUACACUUUCGACUAUGACAUUGCCCUUCUGCAGCUAAAGAAGCCCUGGCCUCCGUCCCUUGGGCCGCUGGUUCAGCCUGUGUGUCUCCCCCCCUCCUCCCACACAGUCACAGACACACACCGCUGCUUGGUGACUGGGUGGGGAUACCGAUCUGAAGAAGAUAAGGUGCUGCCCUCUGUGCUCCAAAAAGCAGAAGUGUCCAUAAUGAGUCAGACUGAGUGCAAGAAGAUCUACGGACUCAUCUCUCCUCGCAUGCUGUGUGCCGGCGUCCCAUCGGGGGAGAGGGAUGCCUGUAGGGGGGAUUCAGGAGGUCCUUUGUCCUGUCAAGCUUCAGAAGAUGGUCGCUGGUUCCUCAUAGGGAUUGUGAGCUGGGGGUCUGGCUGUGGCAGGCCGAACCUGCCGGGGGUUUACACCAGGGUCACCAAGUUCACCUCCUGGAUCUACAGCCAUAUCAGCUGAUAUGAUAAAACCCAUGUAUAGAUCUUGUUCAUUAAAAAA